AUGUUCCAGAGCGAUCAGAGGGAGCGAGUUGGAGAUGAAAAGAGCACCUACGCUGCUCAACGCACAUCCUCCUCGUUCAUAAAGUUCCCUGAAGGUGACAAAGCUGUUCAGCCGUCACCCCAGGCCCAGGUAACGGGUCUUACCGAGACCGACGGCGAGAAGACAGACAGUCCUACAAGUUCCUCAGCUUCUACACCCGACCUAGCAAGCUUUGUAACAAGCUUCGAUGAUUUAGAUGCAGCGUUGAUGCGGGGGAUUCCACUACGGCAGACGCUGCAGUGGGGUGCUCAUCUUUGGCUUUCUGAUCCACGAUCCAUGAGUGCUUGCAAGAAGGCCAAGCUUUGGGAUGCUUCCAAGCCCACGAGGAGGUAUGACAAGUUUCUAUCGCACACGUGGGAAACCCGCGGCAGAUGGAAACUGCUGUCACUUCUUCUCCAUCUCGGCUGGCCUAGCAUGAUGAUCUUUUGGGCUAUCGGGGCUUUGCUUGGUUCCGUUCUUGUCGUACUCGAGGUGCUACCACUCUUCACUGUGUUUGAAGUGCCGCUUCCAGCUAUAUGGCCUGGCAUACACUACAUAAACGGCACUUCCAUCCCAUAUGGUUGCUGGGUGAUGCUGCUGUCCUUCAGUGGGGCCAUUGUAGGGCUUCUUGUCUUCCCAUACGUUCCGCACGUCGCUUCAGACAUCAGUUUCUUGGAUUUCGUCUGCGUUCACCAGACAGACAGCAGGAGGAUGCAGCAGGGCAUCAGGUCUAUCGGAGCAUUCCUUGCGUCAGCUUCAGAACUGCGCGUGCUUUGGAGCGCGCCUUACCUACAGAGGUUGUGGUGUGUUUUCGAGCUGGCCGCAUAUCGCAAGCUGACCCCAAAUGGGAAGAUAGUGAUAUCACGGAUUAUGACGGAGGUUGCAGUUCUUCUGACAUUCAUUUGGGCGCAGUUGGGCACUUUGGGAUUCUGGCUUGCGCGCGAGGGUCCACACGGUGGCGAGCCCUGGCGGUUGCUGCUGGUGGUCGUUUGUGUGGGUUGGCCAGUCCUUGCUGCAAUGGCGCUUGCGGCAGUGCAGAAGCAAGAUGCCGACGAAAAGUUGAGGAGCCAGCUGACAAGCUUCGAUGUGAUGAAUGCGAAAUGCAGCAGCGAGUUCGAUAGACAGUGCAUCCAUGAUCUCAUCAUCGCGUGGUACGGCAGCCUGGAUGCUUUCAACGAUUACAUACGAGGGCCUUUUUGCCUUGAAGUACUUCAGCUCAGACGUAGCCAACGCUGCAUUGAAGGCCACUACCUCAUCUUCUUGUUGCUGCCGAAUACCAGUUACUUUCUGGAAGGGUCUUUGGCUUUCUCGAUGUCCGAGGCGCCUGCUGAAACAUCGAUAAGCUACUUCCUUGCUGUGGUGUUGUGCUUGAACCUGAUCUGGCUGCCAUCUGUCGUCGUACUAGGAGCUUACCUCACCCAGCAGGGAAUCCGACUGGGCAGACACAGAAUCAAACCUUCCUUCUUGGAGCCACUCGUGAUCUGUCUUCUGUGCAUCAUUCUUCUGGCAGUUGGGAUCGGUGCCACAAUUGCCGCCGUUUUCCGCGGCGUAGAGAUGUCCAUUCUGUGGAACAUCGUGGGUCUAGUCUUUGCUGCAGUAAUUUGGAUGAAAUGCUGGCGAGUUUAA